AUGUCCGCUGUAAAGAUAGAAUCACCUAGAGGGCAAACAUGGAGUAAAGUGGAGGAAAUAAGGCUGUUUAAAUGGAUGAUGCUGUUCAAACCUGCAGGAAUACAUAAACACUUCCAUAUGGUGUGUUUGCUUGAGCGAUUGAACAAGCCAGAUCAGUAUCCAAUCAAACUUUUGCAAAGCGAUAAAGGCAGCUCAGAUAAAGUGUUUUCUGGGGAGGACGUUUGGGAACAAUUGAGUCGGUACUAUAAUUUAGAGAAGGCAGAUGAAGUAGAGAACCAGCCAUACCCUGAAUUUUAUAAUGAUGACGGACCAACCGAAACUACAAACAAAAAGACAGAAGGGGACGCUCAACUAGAUAAUGAUGAUGACAGUGACAAUGAUGUUGACAAUUGUGACGAGCUUAAGAGAAAUAUAAUACCAUUACAAAAUAGACUCCAGCAAGAGACGGAAUUUGAACUAUCGUGGGAAGAUUAUGGAGAACUUAUGUUAGAACAUGCUAGGGAUCAUGAGGUGGAAGAUAUUAAGCAAGAGGAGACCGCUUCUGCGGAUGACAAGGCAAAACUGAAGGGUGCGGAAUCACAGGAUACGCAAGUAGAACAAGAGUCAGAAGAGCCACGGGAACGAGAAAAGGAUAUCGAUGAAAAGGAUACUGAGCAAAAUAAUGUACAGGCGAAACAAGAAAUGGCGACCACUCCGCCAGUCAGUGUUGGAGAAUCUGUGAGCGAACUGGCGAAUGAACCUGUCGAUGAACCUGUCGAUGCUCAUAAGAAACCAAGGACAAGACGCUCUACAAGGUUGACACGUUCACAAAAGCGAGGCAUUGAUGACGAAAGUGAAAACAAAGAAGACCAACCCCAUGGCGGAAACACCGAUGAAAAGGAAGAUGUCGAACACGAUACAGAAGGGAGAUCUGGUAGCGAAAAAGAAUCGACUGCUGAUGCCGCAGAUACUACAGCUACAAAACAAGUCACAUUUGCUGAUGAAUCUGAAGGUGCUGCCAAGGAAUCAGCUAAUUCGCCGACAGGGAAAGCAGAAGAGAACGAAACGGAAUCAUCUCAACAGCCGCGCCCUAAGAAACAAAAAGUUGCCGCUGCGGAGGAAGUUCCUGAAGAUCUUGCCGACGUGGAUUCUCCAGCUAGGAGAACAAGAAGAAAAUCCAUAACAAAACCAACUACAAGGCUCUCGAGCAGGCUUAGAAGCAGGAAGUAG